GUACGGCAUUCAGUCAGAAGCAGUUUCCUGAGGUUGUUGUGUUAAUAUAUAAAUCCUGUGUAGGGUCGGACUAGCCUGCUAUUUGGUGAUGAUUCUAGUUAUAAAGGAGGGCUGUUUGUGUUACCUGUCGGAUUUCACCUGUAUACGACUGUCCAGUGUGGAGCUUUGAAACUUCCUAUGUGUGUGGAUUUAUAUAGGACUGUCACUAGACGUCCACAGUUCUUCUACGAUUCUGAUAUUCAUGGAUGUUCGUUUCCACGAUUCAGCCGCGCAAGUAACGGACGAGUAACCUGACCUGGUCAAUGAGUUUUUUGGUGAAUUGGGUCACACAUUUAUGGAGUUCGUGACGAACAGUGGAGAUUACUGCCAGGCUCAACACGCACUUUAAGUGUGUCAUCCUCCUCAUCUCUCUCAUCGCCGCCGCCGUCAUCGUGUCUGUUACUGUCUGUCUGCUGGAGCUCCUCCUUGGAUCUUCUCCUCCCUGUGUGGAGACAGAUUUCAUCUAGGAUCUCUGUGAUCAACUAUCGUUUUGUCAUCGUAAUUUUUUCUGUUUUUGUCAACAAGUGUGUCGUCACCUUUGCCAAAGCGAGCAGUGCCUGUCUUGCUGUUCCGUCUUACAGAUGUAGCCGUCGUGAGUGUUGGACCAGCCAUUAUAGUAUAUAAACGGUGCUUGUAUACCUCCCGUGAGAUUUACCUCCUGCCCCCGAGAUUUCGUUGGUGACACUGCGAGUGUGCAAAUUUAAAUACAUGUCAGCUUACGAGCAGUUACAGAAAGAGUGAACAAGGAACAAUUCUUGGCUGACUUUGAAUCGACAAGAAACACAAAGUGAUCGGUUGCUACACCAAGAAAACUUGAAUCUAUCACUGUUGUAAUAUUGGAUUUCAAAAGUUUAGAUGGGUUAAAUUAAAGAAGUUUGUCUAGUCUCUCAAAAACUAUAGACAUAUUUGUUUUUAAGUUUAUGGACAAUUGAGGAAAAAUUACGAGUUGGAUGUGGGUUCAUAGUAAUACAGACGCCCGCUGGUCUUUCAUUUGUCAGUUUAGUCUCGGUGGAAUUAUUGUGUUUUCGUUUACACGUACCUCAGAAUUCAUCCUGUUCAUCUGAGUGUUUGAUUGUUGUUCCGUGUGUAAGAUAUAUAUUAUAUAUUAACUGUUGUGUUCCAGUUAUUAAAACUGUAUAUAUAUAUAAAUAUAUAUAUAGGUGGUGCAUUGAUAUUCAAAUAGCUAAGAAUAUAAAUAUAUAUAUUUUUCUCUGCUUUAUACGGAUAUAUAUUGUGUUCAUAUUGUAGAAAAAACUGGAUUUAUUUUUUCGUGAAUCGUGGAUAUUUAUUCCGGGACUUGGUUUUUAAUGUGGAUGCCUUUCACAGAAUCAUUGCUUACAUUAAUAAUUUGAUGCACCUGUUGUUUCACUCUUGUGGUAAUAUGGUCAUGUGUCCUUGAAUUCGUGGGGAAAACAUUACGGAAAUCUGAUGUGUCAUUUCCCGUAAAGAGAAAGUUUGGAAACUUCAAUGUAAAGGUUUACUGACUGUGGGACAUCACAGUCUCCAGUUCACUUCAGGAAGUAGGGAAGUCGUAGUGUUACACAAGCUUUCCUUGGAUCUGGAUUGUUUAAUUUUCGAGGAUUUGUUUAGCUAAUGUCUGCAAACAUGAAGGCCAGACGACCCGACCCGGCUGAGAUCGAGUAUAAGAAUAUGAGAUUCUUGAUCAUGGACAGGCCAACAGAUGCCACCAUGGACAAAUUUAUAGAAGAACUCGAGAAACGUGGUGCUAAAGAUGUUGUCAGGGUGUGUGAGCCAACAUACAAGACGGAGAAGCUGGAUACCCAGGGCAUCCGGGUCUUGGACUGGCAGUUUGACGAUGGUAACCCUCCUCCCAUGAUGGUUAUGGACGAGUGGUUCAACCUGCUCAAGACCCGCUUCAAGGAGGAGCCAGGCUGUUGUGUGGCAGUACACUGUGUGGCAGGACUGGGCAGAGCUCCUGUAUUGGUGGCAUUAGCCUUGAUUGAGUGUGGAAUGAAAUAUGAAGAUGCAGUGGAACUGAUUCGCAGCAAACGACGUGGUGCCAUCAACGCCAAACAGCUUUCCUUCCUUGCAGACUACCGGCCAAAGUCUCGCCUAAAGUUACGCGGCAAUGGACACAAGCAGUGUUGUAUAAUGUAGACCCGAUAGCUCAUCUUCAUGUUAUAAAUUAGGUUUCACCCCUUGUGGUCAUACAGAAAUGCUGUGACAACAAAUGUAAAACUAGCUGUGAUUGAUGGGGACAUAUAAAGGACAUGAUUAACUGGAUUGGAAGGAGAUUAGAGCAGUAGGAGUGCUGAUGUUGGAAUGUGAUAUCUUGGCUGGAUGGAAUUCAGAUAAGACGGUCAGGGCUGAAGAAUAUCUGUGAUCUGAAUGGUUACUUCAGAAAUCACUGUGAUCUGAAUAAGUACUGCAGAAAUCUCUGUGAUCUGAUUGGUUACUUCAGAAAAUGAUAACAAUAUUGAAUAAAGCAAUCAACUUUGAUAAACUAAGUUGGUUUGGGAAUUGUACAUACUUCAUUGUAAAAAUGUUAACCAUCUGGUUCUUUUUAAAGUAAAGCUGAGGGAAAAGUAUUUUAUUGCAAAAUUCUUUAUUAUAGAUGUUCUGACAUCACAGUUUGAUAUUAGUAAAAGGUUUCCACUGAUUUUCAGCAGUAUUUCCACUUUUGAAAAACAAUUUCCAUUAUCAGUGGUGAAUUAAACUUACCAGAAGUAUCAGUACUGAAGGAAAAUUCUGAAAAUAUUGACUGGAAUAAUAUAAAUUGCUAUGGACUUAAAUUUAGCCCAUAAAUUGGAGCUGCCAUAAAACUAAUAUUUAGUUAGAAAACUUCACCUGUAACACUAUAAAGUGCUUCAUUUGAUAAACUAAAGGGAAACUUCUGGCUGUGUAUGUUUUGAGGCAAGGUAAAUAUCCUUGGACCCGUAUGUUUAAAAAUUGAUCCGUCCUAUACCACACAAGGAAACCAAUUGAUACUGAUAAGCUUAAUGCCUGUCAGGGUGGGAUUUCGAAUCUGAAAGAAAAGGCUUGGCCACAUUGCUUAUAAAUAGCUGAAAAUGAGUGGGAAUCUUGAUCUAAAUGAAAUAUGUUCAUCGGUUUGUGGUUUGUGGAGGAGGAUACAGCGGACCUGAUAGGCAUUUAAACAUAUUUUACUGCAACACCUUCUCAUAUUACUAAAUGUGUUCACACCUUUUGUUUAUGUUAUAGACUGCUCUUGCCAUUAUACUUAACUAGUCUAUUUCAUGGGACAGGGUAAACAAAUUACCGAAAAAUAUCAUUUCUAAGAUUAAAAGCACCUUAGAAAAAAUAAUCAUUUUUAAGAUAUCAAACUAAUACUAGAUAAUGUUGCCUCACAACUAUAUAUGUAUACUAUUUAAGGGUUACAUAUAUACAUUAGCUGUGACAUAACCUGCAUCAAGUUUCAAAUAUAUCGCAACCUAAAAAACUUAUCUCUAUGCUAAUGCUUAUCUCCCUUUAUUGAUAAUACUCCAGUCAUUCUGAAUCAUAAGGUAAUGCAAAUUAGAAAUAAAGAAAAUAAAGAAAAUAACACUUUGACACAAAUCACAAAAAUAUCCUUUUAAGGAAGCAGGUACCUUAAUGAUAUUUUGUGAUUUUUUUUGUAAACUUUAUAAAUGAACUCUGUUCAAGUUUUAAAGUAUCUUCAAUAUCUCUAGGGAUGAUAUUAAUGUUUUAGGUACAUAAACAUAAACAAAUAUUUUAGACACUGUCAAUGCCUAAAAAAAAAUGGUCUGCUGUAUCCUAGAGGAAAUCUGGAAAAGUAAUUGUUCAGAGGUGUCAGUGUUAAUGUACUGAACAAUCAUGACACAUUAAUCCUCCUCCUCCUCCUCCUCCUCCUCCUCCUAUUUCAUUGUUACACAUGGGUAGGGUAAGUCACCUGUAAUGUGAAGGCCACUUUAAAUAUGUAGGGGUGAAUGAGUUAAAACUUCUAAAAAAAAGAUUUAUUUUCAAUGUUUAAAAGCUAUGUAAUGGAUUGCAUUAUUAAAUUCCUGUAUCAGUUUCAAAGAUUUUCAUUCUAAUUUUAUUAAAUUACUAAAAAAAAACACUGAACGUUGAGCAUAUUUUGAAUGGGAAUGGGUUUGCUCAACAAAUGUAAAGGAGAGGUGAUAAAUCCCUACAUAGGUUUUUUAAGUCCUGAUAUAUAUAUAGACAUGAGUAUUCCUUGUUUUUCAUCGUUGUGCUCACGCUGGCAUACCAAGGAAACAAUAUAAUGUUGAAUAAAUCUUGAACUGGUUCUGCAAUUAUCAUUCUUUUUAAGGACACAUUUUGACAAAAAGGGCAAUGCAUUAUUGAUACAAUACAAAUUUGAUAUGUUCAUACUUCACAUGGGUUUUGUGAAAGAAAUCUUGAUGUAAAUGAUCAAUCGAUUAGGAUUUGGUAAUUAAGAGUUACUUAUUUUUUAAAACUAUUUAUUGCAUGCUUGUGUGAUUGUGUUCAGAACGGUGUGUUAUUCUGUAGCAUCUGGCACAUGACACACACUGGUUCAAUAUUUAUAUAUAUUUUCGUCAUAUGUAAUGAAGGAAUGAUUGAAGAUCUACCGAUCCUUUAACUAAAUUGUCCCAUUUACAAGGAAGGGAGAUCAUAAUAUAUAAUUUGCUUACAAGUACAAAAGUUAUCAUCUGCAUAGUCUGCAAGAAAGAUAACUUGUUGUGACCUUGGUCAACAAAGGAGAUAAACCAUUGUUUUCUUCCUCAUUAAUGGAAAUUAUAAUUGUUGACAUUGGUAACAAGAUUGAUCAACCAUUGUGACCUUUAUUAGCAAGGGAAAUAAUCCAUUGUUACCUUCAUCCACAAGGGAGAUGAUCCAUCUCGACCUUCAUCAAGGGAGAUAAUCCAGUCCAGUUUAAUUUGAAAUUUUUUACUCAUCGAUAACAUUUAUUCCUGGCUAGGUUGGAUGCUGCCUAAUCAUGAAGAUUUGGACUAAUACCCCUGAGGUUGAAGUCUAGCUCCCAUUGGGGUUUGGUUAUAGUUUCCAUAUGGUUCUGAUUUUGUUCACUUCAGGUCUGAUUCAGCUCCACUACUUUCCUUGUGGCACAACUGAGUUCUCCACUUGUUCCAGCCAAUCUAAUCUUUGGUAAUGACCAUGUUCUUGUUUCUUCUUGCCGAUUCCUCCCUGGACAAGUUCCUCUUGAGAUUUCAUUAAGUUUCCCAUUCAGUAAUAUUUAAAAGUCCUUGGAAGUAUAUCUUAUUCCCUUCAGUCUCUAGCCAUGCUCCCCUUGGUUUUACUGUGUUUCCCCUUAGGGUUUGAACUAGAAUCUAUCCUGCAUGAACUGAAUUCCGGUGCUUCAGCAACAUCUUCACAACAAAACCCCUGGAACCAAUAUUAUUAAGAAUGUAAUCUAUUCAAAUGAUUGAAUUUGUCCUUAAAAAACAUCAAAUUGUAACUGAACAAAUGAAAUUUGGCAUUUUGAUGUAUAAAUUAUUUUGAGGAUCAAAUUAUAUUAGUUAACCUUCAUUGGCUAGAGGCUACGUUUAGGUCAGGGGGCGAAAUGUUUACCAAUUUCACCUACUACAUCUAGUUGGCAAUGCCCAUGUUACAACUAUUUUUUUUAUUGUAUUCUCAUGUUUCAUUUUCUUUUUUUUCAAUCAUCUAUCAUCAGUAAAAUAGUUUUUACCAUUUUAGUUUUACAAUUAAAACAAGAAAUGGGAGAGUUGGGUGAGUUAUCUCCCCUACUCAAAUAAACAUUAUCUCCCUUGGUUUCACAAUCUCUGUGAUAUGUUUACUUACUGUAAUUGCAUGACACAAUGGGAGACAACUCCGAUUUGUCUCGGAACAUGUUCCAAUAUACUGCCUAUAAAAGGAGAAUUGAAUGGAAGCUCAAACCUCUUUGAUUGCAGAGAAAAAAGACAGAUCUUGAAUAGUUUGAGUUCAAUAAAAUUGAUAUGAAAUGUCAACUUUCCAUUAGCAUUUAUGUAACGAUAUGAAUCUGAAGUAUUGCAUUUGUAUAUAUAUGCAGAUAUUGAACUUCGUCAAUAAAUAUAAAUUACCUUUC